CCCUGUUCAGCAGAAGUUGAGAUGGGAACAGGAAACCCACAGGGCCCCUUUAUUCGGCAAAAAUGUCAGUCAGCGCCACGGGGAGCAGCCGGGGGUCCCUGAGUGUGUGAGUGAGGUGGGGAAACACAGAUGCACUUUGGGGGGGCUCCCCCUUCUACAGGAAACCCAUGGCCGACUGGAACGGUGCAAGGGGAGAACUCGCCCCUCCCAUCAGGCACCUCCUUCACACUGGCCCUUCCCCUCGGCUUUGCCUGGACAGCUCCUGCCUCCCGCAGGGCCCACCUGUGUCCCCCAGCACUGCUCCACCCAGCAGGCCUGAGCCCCUUUCUGCUCCCAGACACCCACUGCUGCCCACUCUCCUGCCACUGGGGUUCUGAGGCACAGCUUGUCACACCGAGGCGGUUUCUCUUUUGCUUUCUCUUUUAGCCGACGGCCGCAGCAAUGGCGCUGAGUUCCUCUGCUGGAGUUCAUCCUGCUAGCUGGGUUCCUGGGCUGCCAGUCUGAGCCUGAGGCAUGGAGCCUCCUGGAGGCUGGGGGUCUCCUCCCUGGAGACCCGCCCCCAAAGCCGUCAUCCUGACGCUGGUGCUGUAUCUCACCUUCCUGGGAUCCCCCUGCUACGCCCCAGCUCUGCCCUCCUGCAAACAGGACGAGUACCCAGUGGGCUCUGAGUGCUGUCCCAAGUGCAGUCCAGGUUUCCACGUGAAGCAGGCCUGCGGGGAGCAGACGGGCACGGUGUGUGAACCCUGCCCUCCGGGGACCUACAUUGCCCACUUCAAUGGCCUGAGCAAGUGUCUGCAGUGCCAAAUGUGUGACCCAGCCAUGGGCCUGCGCACAAGCCGGAACUGCUCCACGACAGAGAAUGCCCUGUGUGGCUGCAGCCCAGGCCACUUCUGCAUCAUCCAGGAUGGGGACCACUGUGCCGCGUGCCGCGCUUAUGCCACCUCCAGCCCGGGCCAGAGGGUACAGAAGGGAGGCACUGAGAGUCAGGACACCCUGUGUCAGAACUGCCCCCUGGGGACCUUCUCUCCCAAUGGGACCCUGGAGGAAUGCCAGCACGGGACCAAGUGCAGCAAAUGGCUGGUGACGGAGGCCGGACCUGGGACCAGCAGCUCCCGCUGGGUGUGGUGGUUUCUCUCAGGGAUCCUCAUCGUCACUGUCAUUGUUGGCCUAAUCAUACUUGGCCUAAUCGUAUGUGUGAAAAGAAGAAAGUCAAGGGGCGAUGUAGUCAAGGUGAUCGUCUCCAUCCAGCGGAAAAGACAGGAGGCAGAAGGUGAAGCCACAGUCACUGAGGCCCUGCAGGCCCCUCCGGACAUCACCACGGUGGCCGUGGAGGAGACAGAACCUGCAUUCACGGGGAGGAGCUGAAACCACUGACCUACAGACUCUGUACCCCGACGCCAGAGAUACCUGGAGCGAUGGCUGCUGAAAGAGGCUGUCCACCUGGUGGAACCACAGGAGCUGGGAGGCCUGGGGGCUCCCCCCUGAGCUGGCUUCCAUGUCCUCCAGUGGAGGGAGAGGUGGAGCCCCUGCUGGGGUGGGGCUGGAGACGCCCCAUGCCAUUCCCACGGGCCAGUGAGGGCUUGGGGCCUCUCUUGUGCUGCAGCCUGAGCUCCCCAGAGCCCUGAGGAAGAGCGCCAGUUGCCUCGCGCUCAUGGACCACACACCCAGCCCUCCUGGCCAGCCCAGAGGGCCCUCCAGACCCCAGCUGUCUGCCUGUCUGAAUAUUGCGGGCUCAGCAGGACAGGCCCCGGGCACUGCCUCAUGGCCAAGGCUGGACUGGGUUGGCCACAGUGUGGCAUUGAAUGUAUAUCACAUUUAAAGUAAUUUUCUAAAUUGGAUUUGAAUUUGGCUCCUGUUUUCUAUCUGUUGUGAAACAGUAUAUUUGGCGAGAUGCUGUGGGAAGAUGUAAAUAUCUUGUUUCUCCUCAAA